AACAAACAUGUUACAAGUGCAAUGGUAUAUUAUGAAAUCUAUAUAUGCUUAGUCAAAGGUUUAGAUGUUUAUAUACCUUAUUUAUGGCACUUUGAAACUGCUUAUUAAUGGCACUUUGAAACUGAACGCAAUUGUUGUGAUGGAGUAUUGGUGCAGUCAUUGUUGCAGGCUUUGCCCUACCAGAUUCGAAACCAUCUAUGAUGACAUUUCCGUCGAUUCUUGCUGCGUUUGUACUUUAUGUGGAAAGGUUCUAUUAGACUUGAAUGAGUCGCUCCAAGUAGUUUUUCCAAAUAAGAAAAUAAAUAAAAGUUCUGGAAGAAAGAUGGGGAGAAAUAUGAAGAAAGGUGUACAAGCUCAGAAAAAAGAAUGCGAUACGAGUCAGACUUCUGAAAAUUUUGAAGAGGCAUAGUUCUGUGUCUUAAGAUUUACUAUCUUGAUUUUUUUGAGAUGACUCUUCCUAAUAAAGCUACAAACUCUGCCAUUCAUUUUUAUCUACAAUAAUUACUAUUUUACUCCCAUGUUAUCUAGGAUUGUGGAUAAAGAAUGUUUUGUGAUUUAUUUCUUCA